CGCCAAUUCGUGUAAUCCUUGGCACGGUCCGGUGGCAACCGCCUCGAUGGUCCUCCAAAUUCUGGUGCAGAAAACCUUUUUGACACCACCGACCACUCUGUAGCCUUAUCUCUUCCCUUCUCUGCGCAUACACUCAAUUGUAAAGAUACAAUUACAAUGACCCGUCAAAUCUUGAACAGUGCUCUCGACGCUGUCGGAAACACUCCAUUGAUUAGGCUAGACAGGAUAACCAAAGCGGAAGGGCUCCAGUGCAAUCUGCUGGGGAAAGUCGAGUACACCUCUGCAGGUGGUUCAGUGAAAGACCGAAUCGCGAAACGAAUGGUGGAGGAGGCAGAGCGAGAGGGCAAACUUAUCCCCGGCCAAAGUGUCGUCAUUGAGCCUACGUCAGGCAAUACCGGCAUUGGGCUUGCUAUGGCUUGUGCUGUCAAGGGAUAUUCCGUAAUUAUUACGAUGCCUAGCAAAAUGUCACUUGAGAAAGAAGCUGCACUUCGAGCAUUAGGAGCCGAAGUCGUCCGCACGCCAACAGAGGCUGCCUGGGAUUCGCCAGAAUCCCACAUAGGUGUGGCCCAGCGACUUCAGAAGGAAAUCCCGGGAGGGAUCAUCCUCGACCAGUAUCGUAACGUCAAUAACCCGUUGGCUCAUGAAUUCACGACCGGCCCUGAGAUCAUCGAAGCAGUCACAUCAACUCCCUCAACUUCGACGGCUCCCUCAUCUAGCAAAGUUGAUGUUCUCGUCGCCGGUGCAGGAACGGGUGGAACCAUCACGGGUAUCUCCCGCGCUAUCAAGAAAACCCACAACCCGGAUUGUAUCGUUGUUGGUGUCGACCCUAAAGGAAGCGUCUUGGCUGUUCCUGAUUCCCUCAAUACGGCCGACGCUGGAGCUGAAUACAUUGUCGAGGGGAUCGGCUACGACUUCAUCCCUGAUGUCCUCUCUCGGGAUCCGAAGGAUGUGGAUUCAUGGGUGAAGACAUCCGAUGAGGAGGCUUUCGCUGCUGUCCAGAAACUCAUGCGUGUUGAGGGUCUUCUCGUUGGCGGGAGCAGCGGCAGUGCAUUGGCCGGCACAUUAAGAUGGCUUAAGAGUGACGAAGGCAAGAAGAUCGCUCAAACCAAAGGUGCCAACGUGGUUAUAUUAUUGGCUGAUGGCAUUCGAAAUUACAUGAGCAAAUCCUGGUUCCUCAAGUUAGCUCUCGAAGCCGAACCUUCACCUCUCGCCAAGCAGAUUUCAAGUGUUCUUCACAAGUCGGAAACUAUCAGCGAUGUGAAGACGGAUGUGCCGUCCAAGUCGUAAUUCUUUGGAGCUGUACCCAUACACAUAGAAACCCGUUACCUUGCAUUGUUGUUAGUGGCGAUUACAUACAUUACUAUAGGACACUGUCUCUCAUGGAAAAAAAUGCGUCACCUGUGCGAUUCGAACACACGCGGGCAAAGCCCAACCGCUAACAACUAUAAAUAGCAGGCGAUCUCGUUAACCACUCCGGC